UGCUGAAGCCGCAUCGGCAGCGUCAUGAAUCUGCCACCGUCUUUCACGUUUUCCGCGCAGCGCGGGCCGGUUUGGUGGCACGGCGCUGUCACAUUUGUCGUUUCCCGUUGUUGUUUUGCGGCAAUUUUGUUUUCGUGUGUGAUGUUCAAGUGAUACCACAAUGCCAAAUAAGUGUUGUGUACCGGGGUGCACCGGCAACUACAAGACGGGAAAGAAGAUACAAGUGUUUUCUUUCCCUAAAGACUGCGACACUCUCAAGAAGUGGUUACGCGCCAUUCCUAGGAAGGAUUUUGUUCCCACUUCGUGCACUAAGGUGUGCGCGGAUCAUUUUGACGCUUCAUGCAUCGAGAGGACGACAUCGUACACGGAUCCAAGGACAGGAAAAGUUAUUGAAGUCGGAUUGCCAGUACCGCGGUUGCGUCCUGGAUCUGUGCCAACAGUAUUUCCCGGCUGUCCAUCCUACCUUUCAGUACCACACAACAGCACGAGAGAAACACCUGAUGCCAAGAGGAGCCGACAAGAAGCUUCCCAACUCGCUCGUGCUGUCGAAGAAUCACUGGCGUCAUAUGAAGUGGAGCAGGAGAGAGACCGUUUUUCGUCCCUCGAAGAACUAAAGGCUCGCCUGCAAGUGGUAUCAGUGUCGGCGAAGUGGACUGUGAUUCAUAAAGAAGAGUGCUCGAUGUUUUUGAACAUUACAGACUAUCGUGAACCUUGGUUGAAUGCGUCAUUGACCGUGUUUGAAAACCUUAAAGUCUUUGCCUGCUAUCAAGGAUCUCAAAUUAAGAACCUUGGUAGCACUGUUGUACCGGACUCAGUUCAAAAAGUAAGUUCCUUGUUGGAAAUUUUGAACAACCUGUGCAUGCUGUCUGAGGGGCGCUGCAGUUCUCGCCACCUGUCUCUUGCAAUACAUUCCCUUCUAGACAAAUUGGAAGGUAGCAUUAAUGAAGACAAGAAAGGGGUGGUAAACUUUAUGAAGGAACAGCUAGUACUGCUUUCUGCAGGACGUAUUCAGUACAGCGCACAGUACUGCAUUAAUGAGCUUCACUUCAAGUACAUCCUACUAGGGAAAGUCCAGACGGAUUCCCUCGAGAGUCGUUUCGGACAGUACAGGCAGAUGGCUGCUGUGUAA